UCUAUCAGAACAGAAUCUGCCAAAAUAAUAAACAUACCAAAUUAAUGAAUUUUGUUAGUAGUGACUCAUCUUUGAAAAAUAAAUACAUAGCAUUUUAAGCUGGAAACCUUACAAUAUUAGCAUAUUUUGAAAGCAGUAUAUGAAACAAUUGAUUCACUGAGCUGAUCCGAUUUUUUGAAUUGUUUUUUUUGUGCUUAGUAUCAAUCAAAGUUAUUCAAAACGGGAAACGAAAUGUCUGCAGCUGCUAUGGAAAAACACCUUUUUAACCUAAAGUUUGCAGUCAAGGAUCUGGAACGAAAUGCUAAAAAAUGUGAAAAGGAGGAAAAGGCAGAAAUUCUGAAAACAAAGAAAGCUAUCCAGAAAGGCAACACCGAAGUAGCCAGAAUCCAUGCUGAGAACGCUAUCCGUCAAAAAAGUCAAUCGUUAAACUAUUUGAGGAUGAGUGCAAGAGUUGACGCCGUGGCAAGUAGAGUGCAAACGGCUCUUACUACACGUCAAGUCACGAACUCCAUGGCGGGGGUUGUCAAAGCUAUGGAUGCAGCAAUGAAAGGUAUGAAUUUAGAAAAGAUAUCCGGCCUCAUGGACAAAUUCGAGUCACAGUUCGAGGAUCUGGAUGUGCAGAGUUCCUACAUGGAGAACACGAUGUCACAAACUACAACCACCGCGGUACCACAGAACGAUGUGGAAGCGUUAAUGCAACGGGUAGCCGACGAAGCUGGCUUGGAGUUAAAUAUGGAGCUGCCUAGUGGUCCGGCCGCAUCGGCUACAAUUGGAGUCUCAACACAAGCUUCGACCGAACAAGAUGAACUGACGGCACGUCUUGCACGACUUCGUCAGGCCGAAUAAGGAAAAGUGGAAUUAUUACAACAAUAAUGGUUAAAAAGAAUUCGGUAUGCUUCAACGCGUUGUUAUCAUAGAAAUGAUUUAAAAAUGAAUAAAAUAUUGCGACAUGGUAAGCUGAUCUUAGCUUCUGUGACUUGA